AUGGCGUCAUCGAACGCUUUGAGUGACUGCACGAAUGCCGUCCAGAACAGUGCUAAUUCUGAGAAAGCUGGUGGUGUAACGAAACAGAAAUGGAGUUUGGCGGAUUUUGAGAUCGGUUCCAAACUUGGCAAAGGAAAAUUUGGAACCGUUUUGGUGGCUCGGGAAAAGAAGUCCAAGUUCAUUGUGGCCCUGAAGGUGCUGGUGAAGAAGGAGCUGGAAAUUCACGAUGCUUCGCAUCAGCUGAUGAGAGAAAUCGAAAUUCAAGCGCAUAUUCGGCAUAAAAACGUGGUUCGACUCUACGGGUAUUUCUGGGAUGAUGUUCGCGUCUACCUGAUCCUGGAAUAUUGUCCAAAGGACCUCUUUACCGUGAUACAGGAGCAGCCUGAAAAGAGGUUCACUGAAGACAAGGCUGCCUCGUAUAUUCAUCAGUUGGCUGAUGCUUUGAUCUACUGUCAUGGCAAGAAUGUGAUUCACAGAGACAUCAAGCCUGAAAACAUUUUCCUGAGUGUGAGACAACAGUUGAAGUUGGGUGAUUUUGGCUGGGCUGUACAUUCCCCAUUGUCCAAGAGAAUGACUCUUUGCGGUACUCCGGAUUACCUUCCGCCGGAAAUGCUUCGACAACAACCUCACGAUGAGAAGGUCGAUAUAUGGAGUGUUGGCGUUUUGUGCUUCGAACUUCUUGCCGGUUUUGCCCCAUUCACCCGGAAAGCACAGGAGGAUACGUACAGAUCCAUUGUUCACGGAAGAUACUCAUUCCCAAGCUUCUUUCCUGUCGGUCCCCAGGAUCUUAUAAAAAAGGUGUUGCUUGUCGUCAAUCCUGCCGGACGAAUAUCACUGCCAGAAGUUCAAACGCACCCGUGGAUCGUCGAGACUUUGGCUAGCGCCGCCAAAUGAUUUUUGCUUGGCAUUUUUUUUUUCAGGAUUGAUGUGUGGACAUUUUGAUGUAGGAUCUAAUUUUUGAAUGAGAUUGAGCACGAGGCUCUUCUUGAGCAGUGGUGGCACGUUGCAGAGGAUGGGAGUCUUGGAGUCGAUGAUUUUGUACCAACUUAUUUUUUCACGCUCUCGUCUUUCGUACUUUUGACAUGCUGUAGCUUUUUUUUUUCUCCCUGUCAAAAAACGCUGAUCUUUUGACCUGUAAUAUCGCAUGCAAAAUUAAACGUGAUUUUUUUGCGCCAAA